AUGCCACUCAAUUACUUAGGCCCGGGCUCCGGAGCUCCUGCGUCUCGACGACGCGAGGUCCGCGAGUUCACGCCAGCCCGAACAAAUUUACCAGGCGGGUCUUCUCGGCCUCAAAACGAGUCCCCAGCAUCUAGACAGCAAGACGACCCCACUUGGGGCUUCGACGCACUAUCACUAGAGCCUAGCCGCGGGGGCUCCUCGCGAGGCACGACUAAACGCCAAUCUAGACACGAUCGUUCCAUGCGAGACGAUGAUGGUCGGCAUCGAACGACCACGCACAGCUCUGCGCCACGGGGUCACACCCAUACCACAACACGCAGCUCUGCGCCACGGGGUCAUACCCAUACUACGACCCGCAGCUUGCCCGACCUGGAAACAACAAUUCGGAACCAUCUCGUUCCCACCUACGUCAAGUCGGGAGAGACUUGCAUAAUAUGCACCAACGAAUUCGAUAUGGGAACGCACAAGGCGGUCACCGUCAACACUAACCGCCAUUGCAAGCACGUAUUCGGCCGCGAAUGUAUAAUCAUCUGGUUCCGAAGCCAGCGAGAGACCUCAAAUCUCUGCCCUACAGGAAGGUGCACCCUUUUUUCCUUAGAUCCAAACGCUGUCAAGCAAAGCCGAGCGAAUUUGGACGGCAUCGUGCCGGAGGAAGAAUGGCUGCGACAAGAGCACGGCAUUGAGGUGUCUAGGGCCCAGCUAGAUCGACCGAGGUCGACUCCGGCGUGGGAGAAGCGGCUUGAGCACCAGCUUUGUGAAGAGCGCGCUAUGUGGUAUCGGGCUGUUGGCCGUAUGAAUGAGAUCCCUGCGAAAUGGCGACCUAUCCCAGACGCGGCUAAAAAGCGUCGACUUCUCCAAGAAGGCAAGGAUCUGAUUCGCCACUUCAAUGAUCCUUCUGUCCUUGUCUUCAACUAUGAUGGCGACGAGAUCAUAGAUCCAGAAGCUCCCGAACAUCGUCAUAGAGUUACUGAUUCUACGCCCACCAUAUCAGGUGGUCCAGAAUGGGAUAGGCGGCUUGAGACCCAGCGCGGGCACGAACGUGCUUGCUUGCUACGACAUCGAGGGCGCGAGUCUGAAGUCUCAGCGCAAUGGCGAAGGCCACCACCAUAUGGCGAGAUGUUGGCAGAAGGGAAAGCGCUUGUCGCCAAAUUUGGCCAAAAGGCUCUCCAGUUUCGCUAUGAAGAUAAGAUCCUCGUCCGCGAAGACGCUGGAGGAGAGAAUGCAACAUUGGGCGCUUCGUGGAUCGAUCGUUAUAGAGCUCAGAAGAAUGCGGAAAAGGACUGGUAUAGGACAGAGCCGGAUGCCGCCAAGAAACGAUUCCUGCUUGCAGAAGGCAAGGAAUUGGUCGAGAUCUUUGGUGAAGAAGGAUUCAUCUUUGACUAUAGUGGCGAUUCGAUCGUAGUCCCGGAUUAUCGUUCUUAG